AUGGAGUUCACCGAACCUACUGGUAUUUCUUGGCUAUCAUGGAUAGUAUCUUUUGCCCAACCGUCAGAGGACUCAAAGAAAUGUGUAGCAAAAAGCAAGAUCUCAAAGCUUUUGUCCAGGAUAGAAGUAUCCCAUAUUCUUCCCUAUUUCGGGUACCUUAACCAAUGAGCUGUCUUGAUGAGCUCAUUAUGCAAAGCAACUGCGAAAAUGUGGGAGGAAUACUUCAGCCUGAUCCUUAAAAUGGAACAAAAGGAUUUCACUGGAGGUUGUCAGGCUUUUGCAAUCCAACGUUUGCCAGCUAAGCUGCAAGCAUUCAGAUCGACAGCAGGCAUCUCGAGGAGCAUCACUACUGGAUCCCAGAAGGCACUAGUGAAAUAUUAUGAGGUCAUUGUUAAAGCAGGGUGCGAUGUUGACAUUAUUAAACUCAUCUCCCUUCUUGAGGAUAUUCGUACCAAUUUUGGCCUGAAGUUCAAUGACGAUGUGGUCUUCUCUGAGAUCAAUAUUUUUGACAAAAUUAGUGAUGGUGGAAACCGAAGGAAAGUGCUGGAAAUAGUCAAAGAGACUUAUAUAAAGAGACUUGUAAUUCCUAACACCACUUUCAGCGUAGAGCAGGAAGUUAUCCCUCUUAAUAGGGUCAGAGAGCUCAGACUGUUCAAAAACUUUAUUAGACCAGAUAUUGACUUCCCUUGUCAAACUUUGAAGGCAUGCCCGAAUAUUGAGAUUCUAAAUCUUGAGCAAAUCCAACUUUCCAAGGAAAGCUGAGAUGUACUGAUAGAGUUCAUCAACAGUCCCAACAGCCAUUUACACACUUUGAUUCUCCACCCAGAGGAGAGUAAUGCCCUCGGAAUCAUCAGCAAGAUUAGCAGCGAGAAUUUGAAAAUUAUCAAGAACUGCAUGGACAAGGUAUUAACAAAAACUGAGUUAAAUAAAUCUUUGAACGUUCUUCCCUUUAAACUUCUUGAGGAGACUAAGGAUUUGGAGGAGCCUGAGGAGAGCGAACACUUUUACUCAGCGCUUCAGAGAAUAGAGUUCACCUACAGCGAGCAUUAUUAUACAAGAAUGGCAUGAUUCACACUCAAUCGCAUGCAAAACUUGAGAUAUGUACAUCUGCUUAAGGCUGAUAAUAAGAUUAUGAAGAAAAUACUGUUUGGGCUGCUGAAGUACCUUCCUCAAUGUGAGGAAAUCAUGCUAGAAUCCAAGGCAUACUUCUUUACAGAGUACCCCAGGAUCAGCUUUGGGCUUACCAGCGCUGAAAAUCAAGAGAAAUCCAUUGGAGUUAGUCUGUUGUUUAGAAAUUUUGGCUUAGACGAUAUGCUUUAUAGCAUCCAAUGAGAUCACUUUCAGGUAGCUUUUGAUUACUCUUUCCUCCAAAUGGAGGAUUACAAGGAAAAUCAAAUCGAAAUUAACGGCAAGGAAUAUGCUUGCUUAGUCCAUCUGAAGGGCAUCAAAAGUAUUAAGGAUGCUAAUUUUCAAGAGAAGUUGCUCUCAGCAGAGGACUAUGAAAACCUCUCUUUCGUAGUCUCUCCUCCUGAGAAACUUAUCUCUUGUGAGAUUAUCUCUCUUAGCAUAACAGAUAGGUUUAUCAAUUAUCUUCACGAAAGAAGUCUUGCUGAAGAAAGCCUGGCAAAUUAUGGAAAUAGCCCUCAACUCAAGAUCGGGAUAUACCUAAGUUGUCACGAAUUACCACUUUCAAACUUAGAAUUCUAUAUUAAGCUACUAAAAUCACAUAAGAUCCAAGAUCUCUGCUACUCGAUGAGGCUGAUUCCAAGUGAAAAGUUCUGGUACGACACAUGUGACCCUCAAGAAGGAGUUCAGUUCCUUUGGAAUGGUGAAACCCUUGAACAGUUGCUUGAGCUUGAAAUCCGCGUAAAAACAUUCAGGAUCUACCAAUGCCUGGUAGACUUCACUAGCCGCUUAACUGUUAUGAAGUUGUAUGCCCUGAUCCUGAACCAGGUCGAGCAUGCCAGCUUUAUGAAUGAAAUAUAUUUCAAUUGUGGGUAUCUCAGCUGCAAGGAUAUUAUCAGAUUCCUUGAAGUGAUUCCAAACAAAACUCCUUAUGCAGAGAGGUUCAUUAGCAAGAUCUUUUUCACUGCAACUAUGGACCAGACACCUACUAAGAGGCGAGAGAUAAAUCAGAUUCUUCUUUCUCUGAUCAACAGUGGUUUUGGUUCAGGAGAAUUUUUCUCCUCGAUAGUUGAUCUUAAAGUUGAAAUUAACGAACUGUCGUAUCCUCUUGCGAUUGAUGAUGUGAAGAUGCCAGUAUAAGUCGUUAUGCUUAAAGGAUUUUGAACCUCCUAAAUAUCUUAAUUUAC